GAAGCAGGUAUGGAGGAGCUCAAAACUCCAGACCAACACAAGGAGACCAAGGAAGACCAACAGAGGGGCAGUCCUCUUCACUCUCUGUUGCACAUUUAAAGCGAUCUUGGGAAGUGGCCAAAUCCUCAUGUGACACAAGUGGGCUUUUAUGUCCAUGGGAUACUCUGACCGCAGAGCGAAGAAUGACAUGAGUUGUGAACAAAUUUAUUCGUAGGAUGUUACAGCUCUAAAGAUUUGAAACUGUAAAAGUCAUGCUUCUCUUGGAAUUUUUAGCUGGGAGCAUUUCAGGUGCACUGGGAAUUGCAGUAGGACAUCCGUUAGACACUGUGAAGGUACGUCUCCAAGCCCAGUCUGUGUAUAAUGGGAUAUUUCACUGUGUGAUUAAAACAUACUCUCAUGAAGGGCUCCAUGGAUUCUUUAAGGGCAUGGCAUUUCCUGUGCUGACCACUGGCAUCACCAACUCCGUUGUUUUUGGCUGUUACAGUAAUGCUUUAGGUUACCUCACUAAGUCUCAGCGCAGUCGAGGCAAACCGGCCUCUGCUGCACAGGUCUUCACUGCUGGCUGCUUCUCAGGCCUGGUGCAGGUGUCGGUUUCUGCACCCAUUGACCUGGUCAAGGUGCGUCUUCAGGGUCAAACGACGUCAACACGAUAUCGCGGACCCGUGCACUGCGUCGCUGUCAUCGUGAGGGAGGAGGGGCUCAGGGGUCUGUACAGAGGAGGCCUGGCCCUCACUCUGAGGGACGUCCCCUGCUAUGGGCUCUACUUCUUACCUUACGAGGUCACUCGUAAGGUUCUCACUCAAGAUGGCAAAGAGCCAGGCACCUUUGUGAUAUUGGUGGCAGGUGGAUUCGCAGGUGUGGUGACCUGGUCCUUCGCCACGCCCAUGGACGUCGUGAAAGCUCGGCUCCAGAUGUCGGGGGCCGGCGGGCGGGAGUACGGCGGCGUCCUGCACUGCAUGAGAGUGAGCGUGAGGGAGGAAGGAGUGAGGGUGUUUUUCAAAGGCCUCCUGCUGAACAGCCUGAGAGCAUUUCCGGUCAACGCUGUCACAUUCCUCAGCUACGAGAGCCUGAUGAAGAUUUUUUAUCCACCACGAGCCAGUCACUCUUCACAGUAAAGGGAUGGAGACACUGACUUCAAGGAUAAAAUAUCUUUGAGACGAUUUCAGUAUAAAGAGUGUUCUCAGUUACUAAAUGCUGUUUUUAAACUGCCUGUAGAAUAAGUCAAAGCAUCAGAAACCUGGGACCACUUUAAAUUCAACCUACUGGUGAGGAAAGAUUAGCUGCUGCCAGUGAGCCUCCUGCUACACGAGUAUACACACUUUAGAUCAAAACUGCUACAGUCAACAUUUCUGCAUUAACAGCAUAUCACAAUAAAAGCGAUGACUUGAAAUG